AUGCAAUUCAAGAACGUUCUCGCUGGCACGGCCGCGCUACUUGCCUCCGCUUCCGUCGUAUCGGCAGUAGGAUCUGCUACCGUCGUCAACAACUGCGGAUUCCCCGUCUACUAUGCGGCCGUCGGAGGAAGCUCUAAUCCUAGCAUGCAACCACUCGAAGGAAGCUAUAGCCAAUCCUACAGUGAAGAGGGCGUUGGCAUCUCUAUCAAGCUUGCUCCCAAUGCUACCACCUCUGGGCCCAUCUCCCAGUUCGAGUUCACUUGGGCCAACGGCAAGAUCUCGUACGACCUCUCUAACAUCAACGGUUACCCCUUCUCCGCUGGAGGGAUGGAGGUCGUCCCUUCGAUGCAGAACGAUCCCAGUAACCCAACCUGCGUCGUCGUCGACUGCCCUGCGGGUCAAUCUGUUUGCACUGCCGCCUACAAUGCCCCCGAUGACACCCGCACCAUGGUCUGCGAUCAGAACUCCAACCUCGUCUUGACCAUGUGCCCCGGCGGAUCGAGCAAGCGAAGCGUCUCCCUCAGCGAAGGACACAUCCACUACCGUGUCCACGCUCGCCAUUUGCCUAAGAAGGCAUAG